GUCUCUCUCCUUCAGAGCAUUCUUCACGUUAGGGUUUAACGAGUGAACUCAAAAGCCACAACAAUGGCGUCUCUAAUGGCGAUACGCAGAGCCAGUCUUGCUUCUUCAUUCAAGGUAACUUCUUUACGCUCUCCUGAUUCCAUUUUCAACCGUAACACUCUUAGAGCUCUCACCACAUCGGCAGCCCCAAAUAGCUUUGAUUUACCCCCGAAAGAUCAGACCAACCCUAACCAAUGGAACCUACAACACAAUCAUCAACAAGGGAACCUAAAUCAGUGGGAUAACCGGAAUCAGGGAUACCCGCAACGUGAUAACCCACAGAAUUAUCCACCAAAUGCUGCGCAACAAAACUAUCACCAGGAGAACCCUAAUCAGCGUCAGAAUUAUCCCCCAAAUGCAGGUCAACAAAACUAUCACCAGGAGAACCCUAAUCAGCGUCAGAAUUAUCCCCCAAAUGUGGGUCAGCAAAACUAUCACCAGGAGUACCCUAAUCAGCGUCAGAAUUACCCCUUAAAUGCGGGGCAGCAAAACCUUUAUCAGGAGAACCCUAAUCAGCGUCAAAAUUAUCCCCCAAAUGCAGGGAGGCAAAACUUUUACCCGACGAACCCUAAUCAGCGUCAGAAUUAUCCCCCACAAGCCCCGAUUCAGAGACCAAAUUUUCAGCAACAGCACCCUUCUAGUUAUUCGCCCCAGAACCCUAUUCCUAGUGAACCCCAUUCACGCCAAAACCCUAGUGAUUUGAGUGUGCGUGCUACUAAUCAUGCUUCCGGUGUGAAAGCUGAUUUGUUGAGCAUAUGCAAGGAGGGGAAGCUUAAGGAAGCCAUUGAUUUGAUGGGCCAGGGUGAACUUGCAGAUGCAGAGUGCUUUAGUGCUCUAUUUGGGUUAUGUGGGAAAUCCAAGAAGCUUGAGGAAGCUAAGAAAGUGCAUGAUUACUUCUUGAGAUCAAGUUAUAGGGGUGAUAUUCAAUUGAAUCACAAGAUAAUCGAUAUGUAUAGCAAGUGUGGAAGUAUGGUAGAUGCUAAAAGAGUGUUCGAUCAUAUGCCUGAAAGAAGUAUGGAAACUUGGCAUUUGAUGAUAAAUGGGUAUGCGGCAAAUGGUUUAGGAGAUGAUGGGUUGGAAAUGUUUGAGCAGAUGAGGAACCUCGGUUUGCAGCCAAAUGAAGAAACCUUUCUUGCUGUUUUAGAAUCUUGUGCUGGUGCUGACGCCAUUGAAGAAGGGUUUAUACAUUUUGAAGCAAUGCAGAAUGAGUACGGAAUCUCUCCCAAAAUCGAACACUAUUUGGGGCUUUUAUCUGUUUUUGGGAAACCUGGACACCUUGCUCAAGCUUUGGAGUACAUUGAGAAACUUCCAUUCGAACCCACAUCAGAAGUAUGGGAAGCUUUAAUGAACUACGCCCGAAUCCAUGGCGACAUUGAUCUCGAGGACAGGGCAGAGGAGAUCCUGAUUGGUCUUGAUCCAUCAAAAGCGGACCCCAAGAAAAUCCCGACACCACUUCCUAAGAAAUUCACCGCCAUCAACAUGCUGGAGGGUAAAAACAGGGUGGAUGAGUUUCGGAACCCUACGCUCUACAAAGAUGAAGAAAAGAUUAGGGCUGCAACGAAGGAACAAAGCUAUGUACCGGAUACCAGAUUCGUUCUUCAUGACAUUGAUCAAGAAGCUAAAGAACAGGCAUUGCUCUAUCAUAGUGAACGGUUAGCAAUUGCAUAUGGGCUGAUAUCGACUCCAGCAAGAACACCGCUGAGGAUCAUAAAGAAUCUUCGUGUUUGUGGGGACUGUCACAACGCCAUCAAGAUUAUGUCGAGGAUUGUGGGUCGGGAACUAAUCGUGAGAGAUAAUAAAAGGUUUCAUCAUUUCAAAGAUGGAAAAUGUUCUUGUGGGGAUUACUGGUGAAAGGUGGAAACAUAUUUGAAAGUGAUCUACUACUACUACUACUAUUACUAAUAACACCAGGUUCUUCUUGUGGGUUUGGUGUUAAGAUCAUAUAUGUGGUUAUGGUAGGAAAGAAAGAAUGGUUCUUGGAGAGAUAAUGGGAAUGGGUUGGUAUUAUUGUGGGUAUAAUAGGGAUGUCCAUCUACAUCUACAUCUACAUCUACAUCUACUGCAUACACUUGAUCAAUGUCAAUGGUUAAUUUUGUUCAAUAACCUACAUGAUGCUGGACUCAGUAACCAACUUUGUAUUUGAUUGGCUAUAUCUAUUAAGUUAGUGAUAUCAUUUAUGU